AUGUCUCUCGACCGCUCCCCUUCGCCCCGCAGAGGCGGCGGCUGGAGCUCACCGGGUCUAAACAGCCCUUUCGAUCACGAUGGCAGUAACGGUAGUGGGAUGAAUGGCCGCGCACGGAGUCCAGCCCUGCACCUGCAACCCCGGAAAGGGUAUGGUGAUCUCAAUGGUGGUGGCGGAACGGGAGGAGGAGGAGGAGGAGGAGGAGGAGGCGGUGGUGGUGGUGUAUCCUGGGCCAACGCCAAAGCCAACAGUGCGCGCGUGAACGGAUAUCCAUCGUAUCAGAGUCAGAACCAGGGGUUCUUUGGACGGCAUUAUAGGAAGUUGAGUGAGAGUUUACCCGCUUAUUUCUCGCAUGGUGGGCAGGAGGAUCGGUUUGCGGAGAAGGAGAAGUUGGGGCGGGGGAGGCUUGGGGGGAGUGGAGGUGUAGGUGGGACUUGGAUGGAUUUGCCUAGACGGGUUGGGUUGUUGCUUUCGAGGCGGAGGAAGUGGGUUGCUCUUAUCCUACUCGCGAUCGUGGGGGUAUUGGCCUGGUUCCACAAACCCCUCCAAUACGCCUACCGCCGCACCUCCUUCCUCGGCGGCGGCAGCAAAUUCGUGCUCAUCCUCGCCGCGAACCAAGGUGGCGGCGUGAUGGAAUGGAAAGGGCCGAGGGAGUGGGCGAUCGAGCGCGAUUCGGUCAAAAAUAAGAAAAAGUAUGCCGCUGAGUGGGGGUAUGAGUUGGAGAUUGUGGAUAUGAGUACGAAGAAGCGGUAUGCGCAUGAGUGGCGUGAGAGCUGGGAGAAGGUGGAUGUGAUACGGAAUGCCAUGCGGAAGUAUCCUGGGGCUGAGUGGUUCUGGUGGUUGGAUUUGAACACCUUCAUCAUGGAGCCCUCUUACUCCCUCCAACACCACAUCUUCAACCACCUCGCCACCACCACCUACCGCGACAUCAAUACCUUCAACCCUUUACACAUCCAACACCCGCCCAACGGCACCUCCGGCGACCCCAACGCACCAAAAUACGCAAAUUACCUCGACCCCACCACCCUCUCCGCCUCCGGCGACAACAACCCAGCCAGUAUAAAUCUGAUCGUGCCUCAAGACUGCGGCGGGUUUAACCUCGGAUCCUUCUUCGUGAGGAGGAGUUCCUGGACGGAUCGACUACUGGAUAUCUGGUGGGAUCCUGUGUUCUACGAGCAGAAACAUAUGGAGUGGGAGCACAAGGAGCAGGACGCGCUGGAGUACAUCUAUACCAAUCAGCCCUGGAUCCGACCGCACGUGGGAUUCAUCCCGCAACGCCUCGUCAACGCGUUCCCCAACGGCGCGUGCGGGGACGAUCUAGGCGUCCCGGAGGUUAAAAGGGGCGGUGGAGGGAAGAAGAAAUGCCCCUUUCCCCUCACCACUCCCGCGGGCCACUUGGAAGAGGAUGUGCGGCGCGAGUGCGGCGUGCAGGGGAUCCAUUAUCAGGAGUUGGAGAGGGAUUUCCUGGUGAACAUGGCGGGUUGUGAGUGGGGAAGGGAUUGCUGGGGCGAGAUGUAUGCCUAUAGGCAGUUGAGCUAUAAAUUGAAUCGGGGGUUUUUUGAGCGGAGGAAGGAUGCGUGGAUGGAGUGGAGGUAUACUAAGAAGGUGGGCAGGGGGUCGGGGGUGGGGAUUGGGGAGGAGGGGAAGGGUGGUGAGGGGAAGGAGGAGGAUGGGAAGAAGGAGGGGGAGGGGGAUAGGAGGGAGGAUUGA